AUGGAGAGGGACAGCCUGCCGGUGCUCAACCGCGCGUUUUUGCAGGACGCCACGGCGCCUUCCCUCAGCAUCGCCCCCCUCCACAAUUAUCGGAAUACCGGUCGGCGGAGUUUUAGGCUCAUGCAGCGGCAGCAGUACUACACCCAAAGUGAUAUGAACUUGAUCGCGUCCAAGGAGUUGGUAAAUAUGCCCACUGAACGGCCUAAUCGUCGUGGCUCUAAAGCAAAUGCCCCCCAAGGAGGGGUCUCUUUGUUGGGUAUGGGCCAAAAGGACUUAGCAGAGCUGGAGAGUGAAUUCAAACGAUUAACAUGA